GUAGGAGGGGGCCUGCUUAAGGGAGGUCUGGGCAGACCCAUUUAUGCCCUGAACACUCCCCUCUCUACCCCUCCCCAUUCUCCUUUAUCCUUCUAUAACCCUUUUUUAUGCAAGCGUCCCGGGCCCCCACAUUUUCAAUAGCAGCAAACACUGGGUCUCCACAUGGGCAGGAUACACUCAAAGUAUUUUGAUUGUGGCGCGUCCGAUAUUUUCGUUUCAUUCGGGCGUGCUACUGAUGCUUGGCUGCAUUUGAAUAAAGAACCCUUCAAGUAGCAGUAAUCACCCCGAGUCAUGAGGUUCCUGUGGCUUCUGUUCUUCCUCCUGUGCCUCCCUGUCCUUCCCUUCACUGAGGCCAAACGCCAGAGCUCCGACAACAAGAUGUCGCUGCCCCCACCACCACCAGCGGCAGACAAGAAGCCCAAGAACUCUGUCCCCAGCUCAGGAGGGUUCAGCACAAAGGUUGGCCACAACUGUACCUGGGAUACGUCCGGGGAGGGCGUAGUGAACUUGCUUGUCAGCUGUAGAUCCGAGGAGCAGACCUACUGGUGCCGCUAUGCUGGACAGCCAGACCUGUGCCAAGCCUACAGUGACAGGAAAGCACAGGUCAGGCAUUGGAAACAAUUGGUGGGCAAGCUGAAGAAGAGGAGGAGUGCGUGCGACGGUGAAAAGGUGCUGAAGACCCGCUCAUGCAAGGCCCCCAUGGAGUCGCACAUGAAGCUCAAAGAGAAGGGGAAAGGCGGAGGAAAGAAGGAUCCAGUGCCCCUGGAUCCGGAAAUGGUAGAGAAGGAGGAGAAGAAAGAGGAGAAGAAAGAGGAUAGGACUCCGUUGUUAGAGGAGAGGGAUGGAGAGGUGAACGACAUGGAGCCAGUGGAGAAUUAUUGUGCCGAGGGAUGGCAUUCUGUCUGCUCAUUCUUUGUAAGUUUUUUUGAAGGUUAAAGUCUUUGUAAGGUUUUUGUAAGGUAAAAAAGGGACAAAGCUGAUGAACUCACCUCUGUAUCCGGGCUUACUUCUUUGCUAGGUAAACAAAAAUGUUUUUGUAUAAAGUGAUAUAGAGCCUAAAUAUAGGCUGCAGAGAUUUAUUUGUGUUUAUUUUAUUGUGAAACUAAUCUUAUUUUCUACAGACAAUAUUUGCUAUUGCUCAUUUGUAGUCACUAGACUUGUAUCAGAUGUAUAUUUUUUAACUUUAACACAGCAUACAAAAUUCUACCUGUGAAUAAACAUACCGUACUAUAUAACCAUUUAA